AUGUCUAGGCAGUUCAUGAAAGUGAACCGCAAACUUGAUUUUGGACAUCAAGCGUUCAUGGCUAAUUGCGCAAAGGCAAACGUGGGGACAAGUCAGGGUGUUAGGAUUUUAAAAGAGUUUGUGAGUGGUUAUGAAAAUGUUGGGGCAACUAGUGUUGAUUUCCAGAAUUCAAAACGCGACUUCCAUGCAUAUAUUGAUGGGUGUGAUGCACAAUAUUCUCUUGAUAAGUUGUCAAGGAAAAAUGACAAGUGUGCCGCGUUUUAUUAUAAGCAUGACAUUGAUGAGAAUGACCAAUUACGAUGUGUGUUCUGGGCUGAUCCGGUAGCUCGUCGCAACCACACGGUGCUUGGUGACAUUGCGUCCUUCGAUGUAACGUACUCGACAAAUAGGUACGCCAGGGACGUUGGAUCAUAUCUUUCGAGCAUGCGGGGAGGUUGCAUAUUUCUAGGAGUUGUUUCUGCCUCGAGGGGUAACGCAAAUGCUUUAGGCGUUGGAUUGGAAUGA